AUGAAUCCUGCCCUGCCUUGGAUCCUUCCUCUUGGAUGUGUACUGCUCCUGACAAAGGCAGCUGAAUGCUUUAUCUUGCCCAACUCGAGUCACCUGGAGAGCAUCCUGAGUAAAUACCAGGAUGGGGAAGCUCACUCCAGAUCCAAGAGAGCCAUUUUAUUCUCAGACAGGCAGGAGAUAUUGAUGCUCCACAAUAAAUUGAGAGGUCAAGUGUACCCAGUCGCCUCUAAUAUGGAAUAUAUGACUUGGGAUGAUGAGCUGGAAAGAUCAGCACAUGCUUGGGCUGAACAGUGCAUCUGGGACCACGGGCCCCGUGACCUCAUCAGGUCCAUUGGGCAGAACUUGGCUGUUCACUGGGGCAGGUAUCGAUCUCCAGCUUUCCAUGUCCAGUCUUGGUAUGAUGAAGUUAAAGAUUACACAUUCCCAUAUCCUCAUGAGUGCAACCCGUUGUGCCCAGACAGGUGUACAGGCUCUAUGUGCACACACUACACCCAGAUAGUUUGGGCCACGACCAACAAGAUUGGCUGUGCUGUGAACGUCUGCAAGCAGAUGAACGUCUGGGGAGAAAUCUGGGAGAAUGCUGUCUACCUGGUCUGCAACUACUCACCAAAAGGCAACUGGAUUGGAGAAGCUCCAUACAAGAUUGGCCGUCCCUGCUCUGAGUGCCCCCCAAGCUAUGGGGGAAGCUGCCAGAACAACCUUUGCUACAAAGAUUCCCGUUAUGAGGAUCCCAUCAUCACCGAGACGGAUGAGACCAACGAAGUGGAGAUUCCGCAGGUUGGGGAGCAAAAGCCUGUGAGGCUCUACCCUUCAGAAAGCAAGCCCAGCAAACCCAUCAAGCCCAAGAAAGUCAUCCCAGAAUCCUACAUGACACAAGUCAUUACCUGUGAGACCAAGAUGAGAGACAAAUGCAGAGGCUCAACAUGCAACAGGUAUUUGUGCCCAGCUGGCUGCUUGUACAGUAAGGGAAAGAUCUUUGGAACAUUUUAUUAUGAAAGUUCAUCAAGCAUAUGUCGUGCUGCCAUCCAUUAUGGCAUCCUGGACAAUAAAGGAGGACUGGUGGAUAUCACAAGGAAGGGAAGGACUCCUGGCUUUGUGAAGUCUACCAGGAAUGGUGUGGAGUCUUUUAGGAAAAGUAAACCUUCAAAUGCCUUCAUGGUUUCCAAAGUCACAACACAGACCCUGGAUUGCUAUACCACAGUAGCUGAGCUGUGCCGCUUCAAGAAGCCAGCGAGCCACUGCCCAAGGAUUUAUUGUCCAUCCCACUGUAAGGAUGAGCCAUCCUACUGGGCACCUUUGUUUGGCACCAACGUCUAUGCAGAUAGCUCCAGUAUCUGCAAAGCUGCAGUGCAUGCAGGAGUGAUUUCAGAUGAAAGUGGAGGCUUCGUGGAUGUGAUGCCUGUAGAGAAGAAGAAGAGUUAUGUUGGCUCCCUAAAGAAUGGUGUCCAGUCAGAGAGCUUGAAGAAUCCUUCAGAUGGCAAUGCUUUCCGAAUUUUUGCUGUGAAGCAGUAAAUUCCCAGGGAAGGUGCAGGUUUCUUUGGGAGAGCACUCUGUUAUCUCCAGAGACACGAAAGCUCCUCUGACAGCAUCAGCUCUGACCAUACCCUCCUUGCCAAUCUCUUUCAGGGAAUUCUAAAAGAAAAGGGAAAAAAAAAAA